AUGAAUAUCAGUUUUUUCAAGAUUUCGUACAUCAGCACUCGGAACCGUGGAGAAUAUGUUAGCCGUCCUAAGUCCAUCCCUGGUGCCAAGCCUCCUAAACCUACUCCAGUACCUGCUGCAAGCACUGCAAUUCAGAGUGCUUGGGAUGAGGAUUCUAUAAAGGAUACGAGGAGUCGCCCGCACCGUUCCAGAAGUCUUACAAGAGAAGAGGCGACGCGACGUGACUCCAGCACAGAAAGUAACAAUAUCUCCUCACCUGUGCAGCAACGGCAACAUUACCAGCAUCAGAAGUCACCAUCAGAGCAGUACCACCAGCACCAUAUGCAACAGCAGCAGUUGACUCAGCAACAGCAGCAAACAGGGAAUGAGGGGCCCCACCUGUUGCCGCCUGCCACCAUGCCAGGUAGUCUCUGGUAG